UUUAUAUGUUGGUAUACGUGAAAAUAUGGUGGUUAUGACUUUGGACGUACAAUACAAAUGUGAUCUGCGUUUGUGUGCUGAAGUGACUGAAUAGAAUGUAAAACGUAAACUAAGUGUUGGAAAUAAUCAGACCCAUGUUAUGAAUUAAGUGAAUGACAGCAAACCUAAUUGUUACACAGAUCUUUAUAGUACUGGAUCAUGGAUAAACAAAUUCUGUGUUGUGAAUUGGGGAUCUGAAAGUAUAAAGUUUCCAGUUGGAUUAAGAAGGCAAUAAAAGGAACUAAAAAUGAGGACAAAAAAGUUCAAGUUACCACAUAUUCCUUCUGGAAAAGAUUUAGUUGGUGUGUUGGAGCAGAAAGUUAUUGUGGUAUCAUUUUUUGGAAAAUCUCCAUACUCUUCAUUGGGUUGCAAGGCUGGUUUGAUUGAUGGGUUUCCAGGUCGUCGAGUGUUCCAUACAUCACUGAUAGAUGACCCUGAUGUUGAUCAAGAACUUCUGUGUGAUAUUGAAGGAUACCAUGAUCCUAAGCAACGUGUUAUUUAUCUUCACCUGCGGGGAGUGUUUGAUGUUCAUACUCUAAUUAAAUCUUAUGACCUGUUUUCUAAAGAAUUGGAGGAAAAGGGUUACUUAUCAGUAUGGGCAGAUAUGAAGUAUCGUUAUGCUCGCGCACUUAUGUUCCUGUUUAGUGUGUCUCAUAUACUUUUAAUAUCUCAUCCAACACACAACUUUGAUAUCAGCUAUGUGCAUCUCUUUCGGGCUCUUGAUGUCAUGAGACAGAAAGCAUUAGGAGGAUUCAGUGAACUUUUGCGGACCAUCCCUGGUCUACCAAAGGAAUGGAUCAUUACAUGUCGGCCGUGUUCUCCUCGAGUUCUGUUCCUCUUUGAAUCUUGCCCUGCAAUAUAUCGUGAAGGCAAAAUAGAUGUAGCAAGAACAGGUUCAGGAUCUGGUGGGAAAUAUCCAUCUAUAAAGAAACUAGAACAUGCUUUGGAGGAUCAGAUAUACCAUAUCCUACGUAAGAGUAGGGUCAUCACUAAUAUCAGUUCAAAUUCCUUAUUUGCAAUUCCAGCAAAUCAGGAAUUUGUGUUUGUUCAGACAAAGGUUGAUCCAUCCAAUGACGGAAUUGCUCAUAUGGUGAACUCACUGGUGGACUUCUGCAAGGAUCCAAAUGGUGACUGUAACAGAAGUAAUGAGGAGAUUGUUAAUACAUUUUCCAAAAUUCACUUGGAAGUAAAUGGUCACAACUUCAGGAGCUUCUUACAGCAGCACAUUGACCAAGCAUUCACAAAAGGCUUUGAUGAUAAUGUUGGUAGACAUACUUCAGCUGGAUAUUUUGAGAUUCCAACAGCAGGUGUGUGGUUUGAAGUAUCAAACAAGGCAUACAGCUUUUUCCUAAGCAGUGACCAGUCACUGGAUAAGGACCUAAACAAGAACAAAUUGCAACAACAACAGCUGUUGCUGAGCUCACUGCAUAGCUUGCUGGACACUGAUGUCAGGUUCAGUGAGGGUCGCUGUGGUAAAGUUUUACCCCUGGCUACUGCCACCUACCAGGAGAACUUGCCUCCACAAUACACACGAGAUUAUCAUGAGAGCAAGCUGGCCCACGCAUUGUCUGUGUUUGCUGUUCAUGCACGAGGACCAUUAUUUGAUCAGUAUACAACCCAGUUGGAGAAAGAUUGUGAUAAAUACUGGAAGAAUGGCCAUCAGAUGUGUGAAGUAUUGAGUCUUACUGGAAACCCAUGUACCAACCCCUUGCAUCGUGGGGGUGGUGAAGGGGCAGGAGGUGGAGAACUGCAGGGAGAAGCUAAUAAGACCCUUGAUGAUCCUGACCCUCCCGAAAGUCUUGACCGAACUCAACUUCCGCUGAAGGAACAUUCAAGUGGUGUUCGUUAUGUAUCUGCAUGCAACUGUGGAAGAAAGCAAGGCCCACGAGAGGAUCCAUUCACAAUGCGAGCUGCCAAUUAUGACUUCUAUCAGGUACUAGGAGAGGACUGUGGCUGUAAUCAUCUAGAGUCCAUUCAUUUCCCAGUGUUCCAACCAAGUACACAAGAUUACAGGGCAGCCCAACUGUUCUCUAACAAGUCAGCUGCAGGAUUUUUAUGGAAAGACGGUGGGACACGUGGAAUGGAAGGAAGAGAGUUAAAUGUUAGUACACCGCAGGGAAACACACAAGGUUUCAGUUUGGUAAACAGAGAGCUUUGUACUUCUCAAACAGAAGGGACUCAUGAUGAUACAUUAGAGAUAACUGAAGAUGAACCAGAACCGAGAUGCGAAGCUGGAUUUGUGUCAGGCCAGUCAAUGGGCAGUGAUAUUAUACAGGAAGAGACUGUCAGUCGCUUGAGUCCAAAUCCACCACGAGGUGAUCACAGCCUGCCUGACACUAGUCAUGAAAUUAUCAUACAAGUCUCAGAUGCUGAUUCUGACUCUAGUAAAGAUAAAUCCUUGGUUCGACAGCCCAGCACUACAGAGUACCUUCCAGGGAUGUUGCAUGCAAACUCACCAGCUGGUUUGUUGCCACAGUUCCCAUCUUGGUCAUUAGUGUGCUUGGGACCAUCAUCCCUCUAUUCACAUAACUUGGGACUCCAGGACCAGCAACAGGCUGGAUUACUUGGUGGCUCAGCCUACCUCUUACCCUGGGAUGUUACAGUCAGACUAGAACAUCACAGGGAUCGAGGAAGUGGGUGGCCAACUGUUGGUGAUCAGUAUGGCUCAAAGGGAAAAAUGCAAGCAACCAAUCAACAUUCAGGCACUGUCUUGCGUGGUCGUAAAGGAAAAGGCGGAAAUAAAGAUCUGUCGGAAUUUGUGGUGAAGAUUUUUGUGGGUGUGGAGUAUGAGUGUCCUCGAGGUCACCGUUUCAUGUGCUCAGCUCCUGAUAAAGUCCUAAAGACAACUGGUUCUGGGUUGGUAAAGGACAAUGGCAAUAAAGUGACUAGCAAUGAUAUGUCACUGUAUUUCCCCUGUCCAUGCAGGAAUGCAAAGCCAUUGGUAGCACAACUAAUGCGCAUACAUGUUGUAACACCAAAAGCACCGAUACACGUUACACUGAAUCCCCGAGUACAGCCAGCUCCAUCACCCUGCCCAGUAUUUGUUACAGGUUGUGAGCAGCCUUUGAAACUCUCACAGAGUGCAUAUUGGGUUCUUCGUCUUCCCUAUGUAUAUGCGGGUGAACAUGGGCCAUAUGUGGCACCUAAACAACCAGUGCCACUAAACUAUGGUCGUUUAUUGGCAGGAGUAUAUGGGAUCACAGAAGUACAGGUAUCAGAAGAGAAAUAAAGCCUUAUGUUUAUGUUAAGAGUACAGUUAUGUUGUAUUAAUAUGUAUUCCUGUGAAAUAAACAAUACAACCUACAUGAAGAUAA